AUGAAUGAUCUCAAGAAGGGAAACUGCAUGACACUGGCAAAAGACUACAAAGUAACACAUCAAGUAUACUUUGAUAUAUCUCAUGGAGAUGAAGAUCUUGGAAGAAUAGUAAUAGGGCUCUUUGGAGGCAUUGCACCAAAGACAGUAAAAAAUUUUGUUACUAUUGCCACAAAAGGAGUUGAUGGUAAAACGUAUGCUGGCUCAGGAUUCCACAGAGUGAUUAGGAAGUUUAUGAUUCAAGGUGGUGACAUAGUAAACCAUGAUGGUACUGGAUCAACAAGUAUUUAUGGAAAAUAUUUUGAUGAUGAAGGCUUUGAGUUGACACACAGUGGGCCAGGAUUUAUUAGUAUGGCUAAUGCAGGUAAGUACUCCCACUAA